UGUCUAGCAAGAAGUUCGGAUGAAAGUAAACAUCUGGUGCAAUGUUAAGCUACAUGGUGCGAAGCGUAAUGUACUAUUCGUGCUAAAGCGUAUGGGUCCUGCGUACUCAAGCUCCCGACUCCCACACAAAAAGGAUUCUCUGUGCUGCUGGGGGUGCAGUGCAGUCAGUAGCUGUCACAGCUCCACAUCUGGCUACUGGCUGUCUAGUUAACUAGCUAGCUAACUGUAUCAAAGUCUGUGGUCUCUCUGUUGGGUAGCUAGUGAAUUCGUUCCUGUAUCAUUCAAGAGAAAGAUUGCUUUGUGAAAUCACUUCGGUGGUUAUCGUGUUCCGAAGAGGAGGCCUGCCUGUAUUUUGGACAAUAUCUGAGAUCAAUCGAAACAUUUGAAGUGGUCCAGUGCUGUCUUCUAAAAGAAAACACUUAAGGAUUUUGCGUAAGGCACGUAUUUUUUUAAAGGCAGAGUUAGGGUGACAUUGCGGUCUCUUUAUAUCGAAUAUAACGUCGCCCGACAAAAAAGGGAAAGUGGGGCAUUGUCCAUCGUACGUAUUAACGCAGUGGGAUUUUUACGUCUGGUCCGCGUUUCCACCCACCCCUCCCGCGUUGACGGUGAUGGGUCGGAAGCGGUGUGUCGGUGCAGAUUGUUCCAAGAUGGCGGCUGGGUGCUGCGGGGUGAAGAAGCAGAAGCUGUCGGGAUCCCCCGGGUCUGGGGGUCCUGGCGGGGUGGGGGCGGGUAACGGGGUGGUAGGGACCGGACAUUGUGGCUCGGACUUGGGGAUUGGUUCCUCCUCGACUGUGGUGGCAGGGAACAUGAAUCGAGUGAACGGCCUGGGGGGUCCUGGGGGUAGUAGUAGUAGUAGCACCAACGCAUUGUCCCCAGCCCCAGGAGGCUACAACUCAACUGGCAUCUCCCCGAAUCUUAGCCCGGGAUGUGGUUCGGGAAGUGGAGGCAGGAAGAUGGUUGUUUCAGCGGAGAUGUGUUGCUUCUGUUUCGACGUGCUUUAUUGCCACCUGUAUGGAUACCAACCUCCCCGAACACCCAGGUUUACAAACGAUCCCUACCCGCUGUUCGUCACAUGGAAAAUAGGCAGAGACAAGCGGUUGAGGGGAUGUAUAGGUACAUUUUCUGCCAUGAACCUGCACUCAGGACUCAGAGAGUACACCCUUACCAGUGCCCUUAAAGACAGCCGUUUUCCUCCCAUGACGAGGGACGAGCUGCCACGCCUCUUCUGCUCAGUGUCUCUGCUCACCAACUUCGAGGACGUCGGUGAUUACCUUGACUGGGAGGUGGGUGUUCAUGGCAUUAGGAUAGAGUUUUUCAAUGAAAAAGGAUCAAAGCGCACCGCCACCUAUCUACCAGAGGUCGCAAAAGAGCAAGGAUGGGACCACAUUCAGACCAUAGAUUCCUUACUACGAAAGGGAGGCUACAAAGCUCCCAUCACAAAUGACUUCAGGAAGACCAUUAAGUUGACCAGGUACCGUAGCGAGAAGAUGACGAUGAGCUAUGCGGAGUACAUCGCCCACCGCCAGCACCAUCACUAUCAGAACGGCAUCGGGCAUCCUCUACCACCAUACAACCAUUAUUCCUGACAGCGAGCCGCAUGACCAAUCACUGAACCUCUCUGCGGACCUUUUCCCAGGAGAGCCCGCCCCCUCCUGGUCUAGCUAUCUCUACUACUGUACCAUUUUAUGAUGAUAGUUUCCGUUGCCAUGCUGACGCUCUCCCAGACGUUGACGUGGCAACGGGUGGCAAAAUAAGCAUAAAUUGAUAAUGACGAGAAAAAACAAACCUUUUUUUCCUUUUUAUCCUCCUAUUGAUUUAGUUUUUGCAGCAUAUAUAUUGAUAUCUAUAACCCCUUUCGUUCAUAUUUUUGACAAGUAAACGAAUACUAGAUUUUCUUGAACUUUGAUUAUUUUCAAAGAAUCCUAAUCAGGUUUUUGAUUCUGUGGAUGGAAGCAAGUCAUAUAUGGUGGACUAGUCUUGCAUAAUGGUAUAUGCUCAUAUUUUGUGUAGGCUUUUCUACAGUGUUCCCUUCUUUUAGGAAAAUGUGUUUUUCUGUUGAAUCCUUUCUUAGAAGCCUGAUUGACAUUGUGCGUAUCAUGUAGCAAGCCAUCAGCAGUUCUGGAAGGUUGCAUCAUUUCCUCAAUUUUGCGAUUCCUCUCAAAGUAUUGACUGUUAAGGUUGGUUUGGCCUUUGUAAACCGUUGUAGUGAUGUAAUUGAGUAGAUGUUGGGACGUGUAUACCCAAGAUUUUACAUUGUGGGGUUGUGAUGCCACACAAACAAUAUUAGCUGGUCUUUAUUGCGUUACCCUACAAACCUGUUUGCUCUUCUGUGUGUGGUUAGCCGUUUGUCAAGUGCACAUCUGACAGGACAUUGAAACUGCCACAUUAAAUUAGGAAUAGGAUCAUGUCAAAAUAUUUCCCAGGAUGCUUGACAGAGCCUUUCAUUUCCACCGGAGUGUUCAUGGUGUUUUUGAUAAACACUUCUAGACUUCAUUUUUUAAUUCAUUUUUUAAAAUUGAACCUUUAUUUAACUUGGCAAGUCAGUUAAGAACAAAUUCUUAUUUACAAUGACUGCCUACACAGGCCAAUUGUGCGCUGCCCUAUAGGGACUCCCAAUCAUGGCCCGUUGUGAUACAGCCUGGAUUUGAACCAGGGCGUAUAAUGAUGCCUCAAGCACUGAGAUGCAGUGGCUUAGACCGCUGCGCCACUCUGAAACUUGAAUUGAAUUUGUCCGGCUACAGUUAUUAUUUUCCCCCUCUCAUUAAAACUUGAGAAAUGUAUGGAGGAAGCCAUUUUAGCUUCAAAUUAGGUUCUGUUCUUUGUCAUUUUGAAUCGGGCGAGGAAUGAAUGUGAUCUACAGGGCUGGAGGAUGUGGUUGAGUGGGAGAGUUGACUGCAGAGUACAGACAAAUAAUGAUCCAAGUCAUUGACCUCUGAGAAAAAGUCCUUCGUCCUGUUAUUCCAUGCCAGUUGGUUUGAAAGGAAAAACCAAUGAAUGAGACUUGAGUCUAGUGACGGGCACAUGCUAAAACUACUACAAGCCAUAUGCUUUGUAAGAGCGGUCGUCUUUUGCUGUUUGCUUUUCGUCCCUCUAAUAAGUAACUUCUCCGUGUUUACUUCCUCUACGAGUCAACUUUUAUUCUGGUGGCUUUGGUCCCAAAAGUUGUGUUUCCUCUCCGAUUGUGCUCUGUGCUUGGUCCUUUUUAGGAAUCUGGGCCUGUGAGACAUUAUCUGGCCCUCUAGUUACUCUGUGGACAUGGGUUAGCAUCAAGGUUUGAACUCCUUUGUCCUGUUUGUGGCCUACUCACCUCCAAUGUUUACAUCCACAUAUGUUACAUGCUUGAUGACUGCCCGGUUGCCAUAGAUGUGCACUUUCAUGUGCUCUCGUCAAACGUUAGGAGCUGCUGUGGAGGCUACUGGACUGAGUAGCUAGCUAUAGUUAAACCCCUGACUCUGAUCGUCGUCGGUUAAGUUGUUCAAAUCACCCCUCCGUUAUUUCCUCUUCAUGACAUGCUGCUGUUGAGGUGCUUGCUGGUUUCAGGACAAGUUACUCCCCAUCUCUGUGCCACUAGAAACCAUGCAUAGGUUGUUGGUCUGUCUUGUCAGCUGGUUUGCAGCAGCUUCUGGCUGAGUUGGUGGGAACCGAUGCAGAGGGAACUAGUAAAGGGUGGAUCAAGCUGCAUUUAAUCAAACUCUACAUAAAGAGCCAGGGCUUUUAAAGGAGCAGGGAAGACAUUUCCCCUCCCCCUCCUAGUAUUCUUCAUUGUCAGUCACAUCCACGUCCAGUAGUUGGUAUGUUUUAACAAGUGUCGUUGAGGGUUAUCUCGUGACCUCUGUGUAGUGUACAGGAUUUGAUUUGUGUUUUUUUGUGGUGACUGACAGUUUUGAAGGGUGCUUGUAAAAAAAUAACAAAAUAAACUUAUUUUCGUAACAGCCUUUACCAACUGACAGUAGGGUCAAUCAUUUAAUUUAAUUUUUAUAUGCAAAAUGUUAAGGGCUUUUGGCACUCCAUCCACAGUAACCUGAAAUGACCCAGAUUUCAGUUGUGUUGCCUUAAGGAAUGAUUAAAUAAAUAUGGACCGGUAAAAUGGU